AUGGGCCUACUGCGCUUAGGCAAAAGAUGGAAGCCAGAAGGGAAACACGUGUUUGUCACCGGUGGUUCACAAGGUCUCGGACUCGCUCUCGCCGAGCUUCUCGCUGCCAAGGGCGCGCAUGUCACUGUCUGUAGUAGGACCGAACCCAAGCUUCGUCAAGCUGUGGACAAGGUCAAGGCAUCAGCAAAGUCCCCGCAACAGCAGAUCCAAUGUGUCGCUGCGGACGUAUCGACAUUUGAAGGCGCCAAAAAGGCGAUUGAAUCAUGUAGCACUGUUCCCGAUACAGUCUUCUGCUGCGCUGGUGGAGCGAAGCCGGGUUUCUUCUUGGAUCAGACUGAAAGCGAUUUUGAAAAGGGCAUCAAGACUGACUACUGGACAUGUCUCGCUACCUCCCACGCUGCGGCAAAUGCAAUGGCACGGACCGGCAUAAAAGACGGUAAAAUUGUCAUGGUCAGCUCGAUUCUCGGGCUGUUUGGUUUGGUCGGAUACUCUCAAUACGCGCCGAUGAAGUAUGCUAUUCGAGGCUUGGCCGAAUCCCUUCGAUCCGAGUUGAUCCUCUACGGCAUCUCGGUGCAUGCCUACUUUCCUGCAACGAUCCUGUCACCAGGUCUGGAAGAGGAGAACAAGACAAAGCCAAAGAUCACACUCGACAUCGAAGGCACGGAUGAAGGUUUGACUCCUGCACAGUGCGCAAAGGGCUUACUUAAGGGCGUCGAGAAGAACCAGUUUUUCAUCACAACCGACUUCAACUCUGAGCUCUUCCGAGUGGCAGCACUUGGCACCGCGCCGACAAAUCGUGGUCUCCUCGACCGCCUUCUCGCACUGGUCUCAUGGAUCGCUAUUCCGAUCUGGCGAACAUUUGCUGCCGACAGCGCGAUCAAGAAGCAUCGCCAAGAGCAUCUCAAGACGCUCGCGAAACAGUCCGAGUAG